CGUAGGAGGCUGAGAGGAGGGGGACCGCAGCGGCAGGGGGGGGCUGUACACAGGUCCCAAGGCAAAGGCGCUUCCCAGCUGGUCCCUGCAGGGUGCCGAGUCGGUCUGCGGAACCCCCCUGCUCACUCCCCUUCACCACUCCGCAGGGGGCCGUUGCAUUGGUUUGGUUGGGGUAGGAAAGGGGCUCAGCUAAGGGAGAGCUACUGCCUGGCCUGUGAUCAUUACAGAUAAAGCAGCUAUGCCUGUUCAGGUCAUUGAUGGCGCACCUGAAACUCUACUACCAAGCCACCUGCAGAAAGUGGAUUUAAAAUACCUACAAUGGGGUUGUGAUCAGGCCAACAAAUACUUUCAGGGAACAGUUAUUCUCUCCUACCCUUUAACUAAACUUGUAAAUGGAACAGAAUUUUUCAAGAUUGUACUUCAAGAAUCAGAGAAUUCAUGUUCAAAGACCAGUACCAUCAAUGUUUUAUUCUUUGGAAGGUUGGCAGACGAUUGUGGGAAAGUUGUACAUCAAGGGGACACUAUGGUUGUAGCUGGAUUUAAUGUGGCUAAGUCACCUUCUGCAAAUGAAGAUGACCGACACUGCUGUCAUCUGGAAGUAUCUGAAGAUGCAGGAUCAGCCGUUUAUAUUUAUACUAAGCCAAGUACAGUCACUGCUUCAGAAACAGCAUCCAUGCCUGUUGCACCAAAAUACACAUACACUCCUCUGAAUCAUCUUAAAGACGGAACUAUAGUCAACUUGUAUGGUGCUGUGAAAUUCUUCAAGCCCCCAUAUAUAAGCAAAGGAACGGAUUAUUGUUCAGUUGUAACAAUUGUGGACCAAUCAAAUGUGAAAUUAACAUGCACACUUUUUAAUGGAAAUCUAGAUGCCCUUCCAAAAAUCUACAAAAUUGGAGAUAUUGUUCGAUUUCAUAGAAUAAAGAUCAGGGAAUACAAUAAACAGAUGCAGGGGAUUACUGGUAUUGGCUUUGCAUCCUUGACAUUUGAUGGAACCGUAGGAGCACCGAUAGUGCCUCGAACCUCUAGUAAAUCGUACUCUUUCACAGAAGAAGAACAGAAAACAAUAGAAGAACUACGUACGUGGGCAGCUAGUAAUCUUUCAGUCUGUGGGCCAACAGCAAAAUUGUCUGGUGUCCAGCCAAUGCUGUUUUUUGACCUUACUUGUCAACUUGUAGGGAAAGCAGAAGUGGAUGGAUCUUCCUUUCUUCUCAAGGUAUGGGAUGGUACAAAAUGUCCCCACCCAUCUUGGAAGGUUCUUGUGGAAGAAAGUGACCUUGAAGGAGAUAAAGUUCUCAUCCAUCAGCUGAGAAAUCUGAUUGUAGACAUUCUAGUUUACGAUAACCAUGUGAAACUGGCAAAAUCACUGAAGGUUGGAAGCUUUCUGAGAAUUUACAGUCUGCAUACAAAACAAGCCAGUGCUGAGAACCAGCCUGAUGUUUCCUAUGUAGAAUUUCAUCUUCAUGGUGGCACCUGUUAUGGUCGAGGAAUUAGGGUCUUGCCAGAAAAUAAUCCAGAUGUCAAAGAACUAAAAGCAUUCAUGGAUUCUGUGAAUCUCGCAGAGUCUCAAAAUGUGGAGAGCAUGUCUUCAAUGGAAUUGGAUGGCAUUUUUAGCAAUCUAUCAUACCAGUCAUAUUCACAGAGAUGCCAGGAGUUAUCUGUUACAGUAUUAACAGAUCAUCAGCAUUUAGAUGACACAGCACUGAAUACUAUCUUGAACAGCUCAGUUCCUCAACAAUAUCGCAUUAGAGCAAAACUCAGAACUUUUAAACCCCAGAAGCUCUAUCAGUCCGUUAAACUUUAUUGUUCAAAAUGCAACUCACUGCAAGAAGUUCCAGAUGGAGAUGAUUUUGACUUAAUAUUAAGAGACUGUGCAGCUUCAGCUCCAAAUCCAGAAGUACAUAAUUCAUUGUGGUAUGAUUCUGAAGUGUGGGAUACAGAAAAUCAGGGGCAAAGAAAAAUAGCUGUUCAUUUUGUAAAACAUGAUGAGCUGCUUCAGGAGCCAGAAGAUACUUUGAUUAUGGUACAAGGGGGGACGCUAAAAGAAAUCAGAAAACUUUCAAGAAGAUUUAAAUGUAUUAUACCUGUGAGAUCAACGAAAGAAGAUCUUGAGUUACUAGACCUUUCAGCUCCCUUCCUUUUGCAAGGGAAAAUAUGGCAUUAUGGGUGCAAACAGUGUUCAAAUCAGAAGACUAUCCAGAGUCUCAGUUCCCUCGCAGAAGAAGAACCAUCGUGGGAGCCAACUGAAAUAGCACGAGUUUUAGGUAUUGAGCCACUCCAGUAUGUCUUUGUUAUGAAGUUUACACUUGAUGAUGGCACAGGAGCACUGGAUGCAUACCUCUUUGACUAUGAAAAGUUUUUCCAGAUUCCUGCCUCCGAAGUCCUUACCAGUAGUCUUCUUCAGGAGAAGAUGGAAAUGAUCAUGAAUAUACUUUGUCCUCCAGGAACAAAACUAGAUGACUUGCCAUGGUUGGAAUGCUUCAUCAGGUCUUAUACUGUCAAAGAUGGAAUGGAACAACAAGUUUGCUAUCAAAUUUUUGACACUGUGGUUGCUGAAGACGUUAUCUAGUGAUAUGUAUUGCAAUUUAAGAGACAUGCAAUUUAUCGACAUUAUCGAUGACAAAAAAGUUUUGAAGCUAUAAACACCAUACAAGGUUUUGUAUAACAUUUAGUGUAUCAUGUUCUGCGUUGAGAAAUAUUAAUCAGGAAAACAAAUGUCUUUUUCUGCAUCUCACUUAUGCAUGAAGGUUUUAGCUCUUCUGUUCCUGAAUUAAAAUGAAUUGGACAUAUGCUAAGAGGUAUUUAUUACUUGCUCUGGGCCCAACCCAAUGAGUCAAGUGGCAGUUAAGGUGCUCAGCACUUCAUGGGAUUGGUCACUGCGUGGUUGAGACUGUUAAAAGUGGUUUAAUAUCCAAACAUUCCUAGCUAUUACACAAUUGAAAAUUAUCAAUAAUGUUACUAAAUUCUGCUAUGACCCACAGAGUCAAAUUUAAAGGGCCAUUGUAAAAUGUAAACAUGUUUUAUAAUGUAUGAAGAACAGUCAGCAUGAUUACGCUUUGUUUAUUUAUCUAUUUUAAUACAAAAGAGUAAGUGAUUUGAGAACAGCUGUGGAAACAGGACUCUUCCAUUAACUUGUAUUCCCUUACUUUAUUCUGUACAAAUCUAUUUUAGGGUUCUAAAAAACCAUGGGUUUUUUCCUUACUUUAAUUUCUCAUUGAUAUGUAGAUUGUAGCGAGCUCUUCCUGCAGUCCUUAUGUGUGUAAGUAGUGUAAUUGACCUCAGUGGAGCUAUUUGCAUGAGUUAGAAUUACUUAUCUGGUUAAGAUUCAUAAAGUCAGUCCAUAAAAGCAGGGAUAUUUAAAAUAUUAAAAUGAAUACUAAUAUUUAUUAGAUUAUAAGGAUGGUAAAGUCAGACAUAUUUGGGGCCAUAUCUGACAUUGCUGCUCCUUUAAAUUGUGUGUGUAUUUGCAGAGGUUCUUGCACAUAGUUUGGCUAAAUUUAGUGUCCGAUUAUACUGUCUCGAUUGCUUUUCUCUUUUGUAUAAUUGGAUUGGAUGCCUAAAUUUAGAGACAGCAUUUUCAGGUCAACAAGUGACUAGUUGGCUACCACAGUGGAAAAAAAAUUGCGUGCUUUUACCUUGCAUUCUAAAGUAUUUGCCCCAAAUUCAGAAUCAUUUUCUAGAGAAUAAUUUAAAUGUAAAAAUUCUUGUUAGGGGACUAUGCUUCUUGUCAUCAAAGGGAAAAAAAUCACAUAACAUUGCACGGAGGAUUUUUUUUAAAUAGUGCUCAUAGUUGACUAGUACUUUAAUACUAAAUACAAAUGAUUUUACUGUGUUCUAAGAGAUGAUUAGUAGAAUAAGCUAUUAUAUCCAUUUACAGUUUCAUCCAAAUGUCAAUAGAUUUUGUGUCGUACUUUAAAAAUCACUCUGGGCCAUAGAAACAAUGAGCUGUGACCCUAGAAAUUUAUCAAUUAUCAUGUGGGUAGAAGGUGCGUUAACAUUGGAAGCCGAUGGUUCACUUUCAAGGAGAGGAGAAACUGUCAGCCUGAUUGAAUGGGACCAUCAACUUACCAAGCAAGGAACAACACUGGCAUUAGUUCUGAAAGCAGCUGCUUACCUACCCUGGCCUGAUGAGAGAUACUGAUAAGUUAAUUAUUUUUAAAACUUGAACACUUCAAAUAAUUUCAGUGGAAUUUAACUACUGAAGCGCUCAUCCAUAAGAAAUAUACAAGGGUUUGUUUGCUAUGUAAUGGGUAGUUUAAUCACAAAAACUAUAGAACCUGUAUUUCUGGUUGUGUUACAUGACAUCACAAACCAUAUUAUGCACUGCCAAUCAUUAGUAGAAAGUAUGUGUUAAAUUGUAAAUGUUUUUUAAUGUAAAUAAAAAGUCAUGUUCCUAUACAUCAUUGCAGAUAUCUAUUUUAAAGUAAUAUCUAUUUUAAAGUAAACCUUUUGAAAAGUAAUAGAUCAGAAUAUAUAACGCUCACACUUCAGUGUAAAUUUGUUUUCACCAUCUCUAAUGUUUGAGAUUCGUGGCAGAACAUUUUCAAGUCAUUUUAUGAUUGUACAUACGGCACUUGAAGUUGUCUGGCUAUUGAAUAUUGUAAGUAUUUAGCUGAUUAAUAAACACAAUUUAAAAUAA